UUUGAAAUUAGUAAAAAAAAAGUCAAAAAGAAAUUUCAUAAAAUUUUACAUUAAAAAUUUUAAAGUUUUCUUAAAAAAAUAGUAAAAAAAAUUUAAAUAAAAAUCAUCAAAAAAAUUUCAAAAUCAUAAUGCAUUUUUGGCCUUUUAAGAAAUCAGAAGCAGAUAUCGUUGCCAAAGAAACUAAAAAUGAGGAGCCUGCGGCAAAUAAAUUUUCACAAUUUUAUGUUUUUAGUCAACAAUUCAAUGAGUUCAUUAAUAAUAAUAUGCCUGUAGGCUUUCAGCAAAAGCUAGAACAAACUAAACCCUAUAUAAUGGCCAGUUUUAUAGCUUGGCCUAUAUUUUGGUUAUACCGAGGGCUGGAAUGGAGUAGUCAUAGACAAAAUGCCAGAUUACCCAUGUAUAUACAAAAGACCUAUUUGCAGGCCAAAUUUAUGCAAUUUUCCAUAAUAAUGUUUGGCUUAACAGUGGCUUCUCUAAUGGAGAAUAGUAGAACGGAAAUUGUGGAAAAUACCUCCAAUCAAAUUAAACGUUAAGAAAAUCAAAAUCAGAUAAAAUUCUUUAAAAAUUUUCGAUCUAAAAAAUACUCAAAAUUAAAAAGAAGAGAAGAAAAACACUCUCAAUAAAAAAUAUUUUAAAAAAUAUAUACAUUUGACAACUCUAUAACAAAUAAAUUACG